AUGUUUAAGAAUCAACUGCAGGAACUUGCACAAAGAAGCUGUUUCAAUCUUCCUUCUUAUGCCUGCAUCAGGAAGAGAGAAGGCCCUGAUCACGCUCCAAGAUUCAAAGCUUCAGUAAAUUUUAAUGGUGAGAUCUUUGAAAGUCCAAGCUACUGUACCACAUUAAGACAGGCUGAGCAUGCAGCUGCUGAAGUUGCUCUCAAUGUACUCUCUACAAGAGGUCCUUCAAGGUCUCUAACUGCAGAAUUCUUGUAGGAUGAGACUGGAAUUUAUAAGAAUCUCUUCAAGAAAACUGCUCACAGGGCUGGAUUGAACCUCCCUGUAUAUACCACCGUGAGAUCAGGCCCCGGUCAUGUCCCCAUUUUUACUUGCACUGUGGAGCUUGCUGGUAUGAAUUUUACAGGUGAAACCAAGACAAAGAAGCAGGCUGAGAAGAAUGCUGCAAUUGCAGCUUGGUCUGCCUUGAAAAGAAGUAUAUCUGUUACCCCUUUUUUUUUUUUGAUUCGUGAAGAACAGGAUCAAGCUAUUGUGGCAAGGGUUCUGUCAAGUUUUAGAACUAAAUAUGAAAACAGAAAUGCUAGGAGGAGGGAUCAAAACCAAGCGAGAAGGAGAAUGUUUAGGGGUCCUAGAGAGAAUGUCGCCUUCUCCACUAGUUCUUUACUGCAUCAACCGUGGAGGCUCCUGGACUGUUAA